AUGAAUGAUAACAAAACAGUUCAGUUCAAAUUAACAAACGGUCAGAUUUAUGGAAUAUUUCUUGAUCAUUUGAAUAAAUAUCCCGAUAGUUUUUUAACAAAAUUAGUUUUAAACGAAGGUUUAUUCCAUUCAAAAUAUAGUGGCGGUGACUAUUUUUUGUUAGAUGAAGAUCCCUCCGUUUUUGCGUCAAUAUUACAAUUCUAUCGAUAUGACACAUUACUCCUUCCUGUACAAUUUGAGAAACUCAAAAACAACAUAAUAGAUAAAUAUUUGCUGCCAGACGAAAUUAGUGCCGAAGUCAGUCAAAAACUACCAUUUUAUGUUGUUAUCAACGAUUUCAGUGCCGAUAAAACAGAAACUUUAAUCACGCCACAUCCUAGUAAUAUUCCCGAAUUAAAAAAUGGUUAUCCGUUUUUAGUUAAUCAUUAUGGUCGUUUACAGAAAACAAACUACGUUGACGUUGUCAAUUAUUUAACAUCCAAAGGUUAUCAAGUUGAACAGUGGGAUUGCGACAAAAGACAUGUACUCAUGAAAAAAAUGUAA